GCUCGGGCCGACGUGAGGGAGGCGGGCCGGCCGACGGGAGAAAGUGGGGCGGGCUCGGGCUCUCUGCGAGUGGUUCCCAGUGUUGUGGCGGAGUGAGGGAGAAGAGAGAGGGAGAGCAGAGGAGAGCAGAGCAGAGGAGAGGAGAGGAGAGAGAGGGAGGGCGAGGAGCAGGACGAGCAGGAGAGCGCUGCAGCGCUGAGCCUGCCGGGAAGGAAGGAAGCGGGCUCGGCCGCGGUAGCGGCAGGGGCAGCGACAGGGGCGAAGGCUGCACCCGCGCGCACCCCGGCGCCCGCCCCGGCUCCGGGUCCCACUCCCGCGCGCCAGCCCGCGAGCUCACACGUUUCAUGGACGCGGCUGCCGGCCCCCGCCGAGUGUUCCGCGCGCCCAGCCAGUAAGAGCGCCCCGCAGCCGCUCGCACCCUUCUCCCUGCCCGGGCGCCUGCCCUCCCGUCCCGCGCCGCCCUCCGGGCGGACCAUGGAUGACAAAUCCAACAAGCUGCUCCUGGCCCUGGUGAUGCUGUUCCUGUUCGCCGUGAUCGUUCUGCAGUACGUCUGCCCCGGCACCGAAUGCCAGCUCCUCCGCCUGCAGGCGUUCCACUCGUCCCGUGCCGACCCGUACCGCACGGAGGACGAGAGUCCGCCCCGCUUCGUGGCCCGCCUCAAUUUCACCGACGCCGAACUCCUGCGGAAGGUCGACUUCAACAUCAAGGGGGACGACCUCAUCGUCUUCCUGCACAUCCAGAAGACCGGGGGCACCACUUUCGGCCGCCAUCUGGUGCGCAACAUUCAGCUGGAGCAGCCGUGCGAGUGCAAAGCCGGCCAGAAGAAAUGCACUUGUCACCGGCCCGGCAAACGCGAGACCUGGCUCUUCUCCCGCUUCUCCACCGGCUGGAGCUGCGGCUUGCACGCCGACUGGACCGAGCUCACCAACUGCGUGCCCUCCAUCGUGGACAGCAAGAAAGAAGUCAAGCUGCGACCGAGCAGUUGUUGUAAGAGAAAGAAAGCUCACUGUGUCUGCAGAGAACCCAGAGGAGCCUAUGAGAGGCGAGGAGCAAAGAAGAGAAGGAACUUUUACUAUAUCACCAUUCUUCGUGACCCUGUAUCCCGGUAUUUGAGUGAAUGGAGACACGUUCAGAGAGGAGCAACGUGGAAAGCCUCUUUGCAUGUCUGUGAUGGAAGGUCUCCUACUAUCGAAGAGCUCCCCAGCUGUUACACGGGAGACGACUGGUCUGGCUGUUCUCUUAAGGAGUUUAUGGACUGUCCCUACAAUUUAGCCAAUAAUCGCCAGGUCCGCAUGCUUUCUGAUCUGAGUCUGGUUGGCUGUUACAAUCUGUCCGUGAUGCCAGAAGAGCAGAGGAACAAGGUCCUUCUUGACAGCGCCAAAGAGAACCUGAAAUGUAUGGCUUUUUUUGGACUCACUGAGUUUCAAAGGAAGACUCAAUAUCUGUUUGAGAAAACCUUCAAUAUGAACUUCAUCUCGCCCUUUACACAGUAUAACAACACGAGAGCAUCCAGCGUGGAAAUAGAUCAGCAGACUCAAAAGCGGAUUGAAGCCCUCAACUUUUUAGAUAUGGAAUUGUAUGAGUAUGCAAAAGAUCUUUUCCUGCAAAGAUAUCAGUUUACAAGACAGAAAGAUCAUCAGGAAGCUCGACGGAAGCGUCAAGAGCAACGAAAAAUUCUGAAGACCAGGCAUGCUCACAAGCGCGAUCAAACCGACAAUGCGACUUCCGAUUAUGUAGAGGAUGUCGAAAAAUGGCGGUAAUCAGGAGUGGAAACCUCAUCUUGAACCCCAAAGUACCCAACGAAGACAAAAUGAAUUUUAGAAAGUGAAACACUCCAAACAUAUUCUUCUUCCCUAAAUGGGGAAGCAAAAACCGUUCAAAUGUUGCCUCUGCAGAUGCCUUUCAAUUUCAUGUUAUACCAUGCGUGGGUAAAACAAUCUUAAUGUGUAAUUAAAUUUGGGACUACUUAUGAAAUCAAAAUGCCAAACCAGGCUCACCAGAAAUUGAUGCUUAGAUAUUUCAAGGAGUCCUUAAAUUAGUUAUGGAUACAAAAUGAAAAGACAAAAUGUGACCCUUUAACUUAUGCCUAAGAAUUGGUGUUUAAAUUAUUCAUGAUGCGACUCAAUCUUGGACACAAACAUCUUUCCAGUGAUAAGCGUGAAUGUAAGAACAGAAUCAAUAAAUAAAAGAGAACAUCUUUUUUUUUUCAUUUUUUUAAAAGACUCUUUGAAUAGAACACAACUACUAGUGACAUUUGCCAAACUAAAGAAAAUUCUAAAUUUCUCUAAAAGAUGGAAAUUUGAUAGAUGUCAAUCUUGGUUUUUAAACUCAAAAGAGAAGUCCAAUAAAGAAACAUUCAAAAUAUCCAAAUGUUUCUACCCACAGCUAUUAAAGACUUUAAAACCUGGAUGUCUCUCAUACUCAAAAAAAAAGAAAAAAGAAAAAGAAAAAAGAAAAAAAAAAGAAGAAAAAGAAGAUCAACAACAACAGAACAAAUGCUGUUUUGCUGAACCCAACGUAAAGAACCGAAGACCAACAUUUUUAGGGCACUGUAAUUUCAAGCAUUCUGUAACGGUUUGAAUUUCACUCCCCAUUCAGGAAAGGUUUCUUCAUAUUGUGCUCAUUUCUAUUUGGCCAACUGUCAUCUUUCCAUGUUAAAUACAAGCUACUGCCUAUGGUUCAAGAUAUCGGAUUCCAAUUGGGACUUUCAUUUGAUGAAAUCAUCAUAUUACUGUGUAUAUAGUGCUGCCCUUCUCUCCAAGCUCGUGAAUCAGUCUAGAACAGUGGCUGACAUUUUUCGUCAUCGAAUGGAAAUAAAUUGAAACUUGAUACAUUUGUUUUUAGUGCAUUUUACUGUACCACAUCCAAUCGGACUAGUUAUUUUUUGAGUAUUAGUUUUGUAUAUUAGUAGGGUCCUGGCGGCAGAGCAACGUGUCCGUUAUUCAAGGACCAGCUGAGCUGAGUUUGAAGAAGUUCAUCACCAGAUUUGGCCACCAGGGGAUGAUUUUUUUUCAGCCACAGAAACAUGCUAAGAUGAGCUGCUAAGUCAAGGGAGGUUUAUAAUCUGUGUUGGUGAAGGAAUCGCAGCACUGAUAAAAUCAUGUAUCCUUGAAGUGAAGUCAUCAUUUUUAGUGGUCACAGAUCCUGAUAACCAUAAAACUACAAAACGUUUUCAUGUGUGUGAGCAGAUCUAUACUUAUACAAUAGCAUGAAAGACUAUACCUUCGGUACUUUGGGCAGCCUGAAAAGAAGUGUCCUGCAGCUGAGCUUAGAGUGAAUACAAAUCAAAGGUCUUGGAGACCACAUGACUAGAGAAAAAUAUUUGGAUGGUAUACAUUUCCAUGUUCCCCCCCCCAAAAAAAAAAAAACAAGGAAGAUAUUGGUGUGAAUCGAGUGAGGUCCUAAGUUUUCUAUAUUAUCAAAUAUUUGUAUUUGUUGGAAUUUUCUCUUUUACAAGCUUUGUUAUACUUUUAAAGAUUUAUGCUGGCUGACUAACCCUCUUGUUAUUGAUAUUGGAGAGUAAUGGAUAUCUGUAUUUUCAGUGGGUUUCAUACUCAUGGGGAGGGGGAUGACUAGAAGGUAAUAAAACUGAGGGUUUAACAAACAGAUCAGAACCUCUGAAUGAAUAUUGUCCUUCAGAGAAGGCCCCUUGGAAGGGGUGUAUUUAUUAAUUCCAAAGAGGCUUGCCAGCAUUUACAGCAUUAUUCUGGAUCACCUCCAUGGUGGCAAAUCAUUUGUCUUUGGAGGGUGGAGUUAAUUGUUGGAAACAGCCAAAAGUCAUUGACAAUCGAGUCUGGGGAAUAAGACAAAUGAUCGACCUGGGGAAGAAUGAUUUCAACCCUCCCCCACCAAAAAAAGUAUAGCUCUAAAGCAGUGAGAUGGAUUUUCUCUUUCUAAUAGCAGUUCCCAAAGAGAAGUCCCAUAAAUAGGCUCAGUACUGACUGCUACACACGUGUAGCUUUCCAAGGGGACUGCUUGCAAGGGGCAACACUCACUGAAUGCUAGGUGGUGUAGUGAAAAUAGCCCUGAAUUUGUAAUCAGAGGGUCUGGAUUCUAAUUCCAGCUCUGUUUCCUAGCUAUGGGAGGCAGUGUGGUACAGUGGGCAGACCACUCACUCUGGGCUCAGAGUUCAAGUCCCACCUGUAUAAACUCCCUGGGCCUCAGUUUUCUCCUCUGUAAAACAAAGAAAUUGAGCGAGAUGACUUCUGAGGUCUCUUCUAGUUCAAGAUCUAUGAUCCUAUGAUCAUAUGAUCUGGGGAUCUUUCCCUCUUUGGGCCUCAGUUUCCCCCUCUAAAAUAAAGGGGGUUGGAUGAGAUUAAGUAUGAGGCCCACCCCAAUUCUAAACCAUCUGACUCAUUUGAUUGUGUAAGUUUGGGUCUAUUUAUUUCCAUCAGUCUUGUUAUUUUCUGGUCACCACAUGUGCACUUCUUGCUUGCGCUAUCUGUUUUCAUCAGUGAUAUUCUGACAAAAAAAUUUCAACAAGAAGCAGAAAAUGGGCUUUAAACUUCCUUUCUAUUGCUUUGUGCUCGUGUCAGCAUAGCUAAAAGGCUCUGUUAUGUGUGAUAUAGUAUUGCAGUCCCGGGAUGCUGAGAACUGACCAAUGGGGAGAGUGGACCAAAAUGAAACCCACUCAGAAGUCAAAGGAAGAUG